AUUCUACAAAUUCAGCAAGCACAAAAUGAUGCAAAUCAAAUGAAGCUUUUGGAUGCACUGAUACAGAAGCUGUCAUUACAUUCAUCCACAACUUAUCAAUCAAAUAAGUAUGAAUGCAUCACAAAUUCUAUUUGUGAAUUCCAUUAUGAUCCUGAAUCUGGUAUCAUUUUCAAUUCCUGGUUUCACCGUUGUGAAGACAUAUUCCGUGUGGAAUGCUCAAAUCUUGAUGACGCAGCCAAAGUUCGCCUACUCCUGAGAAGACUCGGAACACGUGAAUACAACAAAUAUGUGAAUUUCAUCCUACCACGAAAUCCACAAGAUUUAUAUUUCAAAGAGACAGUCCAAAUUUUAUCUGACAUUUUCGGCGAACAAUCUUCAUUAUUUAAUACUCGCUAUCGAUUUUUCCAAAUAUCGAAAUCCCCAGAUGAUGAUUAUCUCACAUAUGCUGGGAAAGUAGAUCGAGAAUGCGAACUGUUCAAAAUAAGCGAGAUUUCAGCUGACCAAUUCAAAUGCUUGAUUUUUACAUGUGGUUUAAAGAAUGCAGAAGAUGCAGAUAUCCGUACCAGGAUGUUAGCACGCAUUGAACAGGAACGGAAUAUGACACUACAAAUGGUCACAACCGAGUGUCAGCGGUUGAUAAAUCUCAAGCAUGAUACCGCGAUGGUGCAACAGAAGGCUAAACCUUUCGAUUUUGAUUCAAUUAAUGCUCUCAGAUCCUCAAAAUCGUCCAAACAGAACACUACAACCACACAACCACCUUCUGUCAAACCCCCAUCACCAUGUUGGUUCUGCGGAGCAUGGCAUUUUGCGAAACUAUGUCCGUUCAAGAAUCACAAAUGCCGCAAAUGUCAUCGCAUUGGUCAUAAAGAAGGUCAUUGCUCAUCGAAUAAACGCAAGUCUAAAUGUCGUAGUGGAAAUGCGAAGCAACCACCACAGAGUCAAAUUAAAAGCACGUUCGCAACCUUCAAAGUUGGUUUUCAAAGUAAGCGGAAGUACGUAAACUUAUUAGUAAAUGAAAAACCCAUACGUCUUCAAUUGGACACGGCUUCCGAUGUUACACUGAUCUCCAAAAAUACAUGGCGUAAGCUAGGAUGUCCACGCAUCCGACCAACAGAACAUGUUGCUCGUAAUGCUUUAGGAGAUAUAGUGAAAUUGACAGGAGAAGUCACAUGCAACGCUAAAUUCAUGGGACAUAAGUUCACCGAUGUCUGUUAUCUUACAAAUUGGCGCGAUUUAGAUCCAUUAGGAUUAGACUGGAUUGAGAAGGUUGAUACCUUGAAUAAAUUAUUAAAUGAGGUACGUUCUCAAAAUGCUUCCUUUGAGUCUAUCAGAAUUCCUGAAGAUAUUUCUAAAUCAAAUGCCUCUGAUGUAUUAUGCUCUCUUAAUAUUCAUGAAUUAAAUGCUUCUGAUGAAACAUGUUCUCAUAAUCUUUCUGAAUCAAAUGCUUCCAAUGUAAUGUGUUCUCAUGAUGAUGUUAAAUCUAAUACCUCCGAUGUAACAUGUCCUCACAAUGAUUCCAAAUCAAAUACCUCAGACAAAAUAUGCUCGCGUAAAACUUCAGAACCUCAUGUAAUUUGUGCCAAUGUUAUGUCCACACCAAAGUCUUCUGUUCCUUUUCAAAUGCCGAAGAUAUCUCCAAAGAAACCUUGGUCGUGUGUACAAAUUAAUUUUGCUGGCCCAUUUCAGGGUACAUAUUUCCUCAUUUGUGUCGAUGCUUAUUCAAAAUGGCCGGAGAUUAUCCCUAUGAACCAGGUCACUUCGCAAGACACUAUUAUGGAAUUACGGCAGCUAUUCUCUCGUUUUGGAGUCCCAAAUAUCCUUGUGUCGGAUAACGGCACUCAGUUUACUUCGUCCAUCUUGUCAGAUUUCUGCAAGAGAUUUGGAGUCAAACAUGUUCGUUCACCUCCAUAUCAUCCACAAUCGAAUGGUCAAGCCGAAAGGUUUGUGGAUACCUUCAAGAGAGCGCUACUGAAGGCAAAAGGGGAGAGAAAGAUAAAGGAAAUUCUUAAUGAUUUUCUUUUUGUCUACAGAACAACUCCAAACCCGUCAGCACCAAAUCAAAUGUCUCCAGCAGAAAUUAUGUUUGGCAGAAAAGUUAAAACUGCUCUCGAUGCAAUAAAACCAGAGUGAAAUCUCAUAGGAAGGAGAAACCGAAAGAUGGAAAUCCAAUUUAAUCGCCAUCAUGGGGCGAAAAAUAGAAUCUUCCAAAAUAACCAAACAGUAUACGUCCGUGAUUUCAGAUACUCACCUCCACAAUGGACCAGUGGACGCAUACUUAAGAGACGAGGAAAUGUAAUGUAUGUGGUGGAAGUUGAAGGUCAAAAGUGGACACGUCAUGUUAACCACAUACUGGAAAAUUCUGGUACUGCACAGAAAACCGAGAAACUGAGCUCAAUGUGGCAAAUGUUCUUGGACAGUUUCGAUAUUAGAAGUUCAACGGCUCACAAAACUGUGCAACCGGAACAAGAUCCUAUUAGGAGAUCGUUACGAAAACGUAGAAGACCAGAUAUUCUACAAGUGGACCCAAAGAAAAGAGCAUAAGUUUCUGAGGGGAGAUAUCAAUGAUGAUAUCUUAACUAUUACUUGUAAAUAGUGACUAAUCAUUUUCUUUUUUCAUUUAUUCCAGUUGGUCAAAUUAGUCACGCUUACACGGAUCGCAACGUAAACUUGUUUCACUUAUGCACUCAGUUGAAUGGCAGUUAUAACAUUUUUUUUGUCAAGGGGGAAGAUGAUGUGCACCGGGAAACAAGAAGCCCUGACAAACUACGAAGGCUAUUUUUCGGGACGUUAUUUCAUUUUAUUCAAAGCUUGUAAAACACUGACAUUUAUUUUUGUCCCUAAUCUAUUCUACAGAACAUAAGCUCUCGUUCGAUGUAUCAUUCACUGCCAUACCUUUGUAAUCUAAACAUGUUAUUUUGCACCUUAUUUCCUACUCUAAUUCCCAGCUUUGGACAUAAUUGUAUUUUUCCUAAUUAUUGUACGUUGCGGUCGGGUUAUUCACUUGUUUAUUCAUGUACCUUUUUACACUAAUCUGAAUUCAGUGAAUCCAGUGGUCAGGAAAAUAGAUCGAGUAGUGUUCCAGUUGUCUUGUCUUUUCUCAUUCGUGUGCUUGCCCACCAAUCAGGUGACAGAAUAGUUUUCUUCUCUCUACCCCAUCUCGAACUCACGCGUACAAGUCUCAAGGUUAAGCCAAUCAGCCUAUCGCAUCAAGGUCUUAAUCUAGAUUAGACAAGUACCCUCGGCACCAAAAAGUGGGUAGACAAAUCAAGGUCAUAACAAAGUGGCGACGGAGUUUUUUUCUCAAUAUUGAUUGAUUCAGAACAAAAUGUCUGUAUCUUUGGACGACCUUAAAACUAUUCUACAAAUUCAGCAAGCACAAAAUGAUGCAAAUCAAAUGAAGCUUUUGGAUGCACUGAUACAGAAGCUGUCAUUACAUUCAUCCACAACUUAUCAAUCAAAUAAGUAUGAAUGCAUCACAGGAUCAUUGAACAUAUAAUUCAUUGUAGUUGAAAAAUCUUAAGCUGUCCAUGCCCACGAUUAAACUUGAAAUUACGCCCAAGAUUUUCCAAUAUCUUGGCUAUCGCGUUGCCUUUAGACUAUUCGGUUGGAAGUUGAGUUUAUAGACAACUAUUCAUGUGUUGAAUUUUCCUAUAUGAAUGAGUUCCCUAUUGAAGUAAUGUUAUAGUAAUGAUCAGAUAGAAGAACCAAUAUGUUAUAGAGCUGAAUAGUAUUCGAAGGGAUAAGGGUUGAUUGAGGGUCGAGAAAAUUUCUCUCUCAUUUUGUGUCAGUAGAAGGUCAUUUAAGAACAAGCAAAACAGUAAUCACUUCCUCGUAAUUUUACCAGUGUUAAAUUAACUUUCAGACAGGUAACGUUGAUUCACAUAAAAUUUUAUUAAUGUAGUCAGUUCUAACCUUUUUCAAACAUUUCUCAGCUGGUAUAACGUAUGAGAGAAAAAAGUCAAUUAUUCUUUGGCUCCACAGACGCACACGUUCGUAUUCUAUGUUAUAACAAGAACCUUUUGAGUAUUUAAAAUGUCAAAGAUGGUAAACUAAGAAACUGAAGUAAUGCAAAGCAGUGAGUGAACCAUUCAUUCCAAACAUAUCCUAUGGGUUCAUUUUUUAAAGCAGUACACACUAUAAAGCAAGGAACGUUCACUAUUGAUAUUUCGUAAAAAUGUAACCCAUUUAAUAAUACACUACUGAUAAUUUAUAAAGUGGUUUAUGUUUGAAUUGUGAAAAGGGUUUGUGAGAAUUAUAUAACAUAACGAACGAAUAUUUAGUGUGCUAUACAACAG